ACUGCGCCGGCGUGCGGGCGCGAGCGGUCAAAGCGCCUUCCGGGGACCGAGGAACUGGGCUCCUUCCCUCGGUCUAUCUCCUUCAAAGUUCUGUGGACGAGGUUUAGAGAGGCUGCCGCCUCCAAAGGGACAUUUUUCUGCCGCUCCGACGCCUCUCGGUGCCCAGCUAGUCCGGCCCUUGCCCUUUGACCCCACUCUCGCGGCGGGUGAGAGGUCAGGUGGCCAUCUUGUGGCGGCGGCGCGGGCUGUUGUUACUGCGGAGACCCAUCCCCUCCCCCUCCUUGCACCUCUGACUACCUGUCAGUCGGUAAAGAGUCCCGCACUCUGUCAGGUGAGGCCCCGGCCUCGUGCCGUCACUCUUCCCGCCGCAGUGGGCGGCCCAGGCCGCUCCCUGCUGGGCUUCACUGCCACCAUGUCCUCCUUCUCCGAGUCGGCACUGGAAAAGAAGCUCUCGGAGCUGAGCAACUCUCAGCAAAGCGUGCAGACACUGUCCCUGUGGCUUAUCCAUCACCGCAAGCAUGCAGGACCCAUUGUCUCCGUGUGGCACCGCGAGCUCCGCAAAGCCAAGUCAAAUAGAAAGCUUACUUUUCUGUACCUAGCAAAUGAUGUCAUCCAAAACAGUAAAAGAAAAGGACCUGAAUUCACUAGAGAAUUUGAAUCUGUCCUUGUGGAUGCUUUUUCUCACGUUGCCAGAGAGGCAGAUGAAGGCUGUAAAAAACCUUUAGAAAGAUUGCUGAACAUCUGGCAAGAAAGAAGUGUGUAUGGCGGCGAGUUCAUACAGCAGCUGAAGCUGUCUAUGGAGGACUCCAAGAGCCCUCCUCCCAAAGCAACAGAAGAAAAGAAAUCUCUGAAGCGAACUUUUCAGCAAAUACAAGAGGAGGAGGACGACGACUACCCUGGCAGCUACUCUCCCCAAGAUCCUUCUGCAGGACCCCUCUUGACUGAGGAACUAAUCAAAGCUUUGCAGGAUCUGGAAAAUGCUGCUUCAGGGGAUGCUACUGUCCGACAGAAAAUUGCUUCUCUGCCCCAGGAAGUUCAAGAUGUUUCUCUCUUGGAAAAAAUAACAGACAAAGAGGCAGCUGAACGUCUUUCAAAAACAGUAGAUGAAGCAUGUCUGUUACUAGCAGAAUAUAACGGGCGCCUGGCAGCAGAACUGGAAGACCGGCGCCAGCUGGCUCGGAUGUUGGUGGAGUACACCCAGAAUCAGAAAGAUGUUUUGUCAGAAAAGGAGAAAAAGCUAGAAGAGUAUAAGCAGAAGCUUGCGCGAGUAACCCAGGUCCGCAAGGAACUGAAGUCACAUAUUCAGAGCUUGCCAGACCUUUCACUGCUGCCCAACGUCACAGGGGGGUUGGCUCCCCUGCCCUCUGCUGGUGACCUGUUUUCAACUGACUAGGACAGGUGUCAUGCCCCAGAUUCCCAUCUGUACCAGCAGAAAGAAGAGGGCAAGUCAUGGUUGGAAAUAACCUUCUAGCCCCUGAUUCUAUCCCUUCUUCUGCCUGGCCCCCUGCCUCAAGAAAGAACCAAGACUCUGAUUCCCCAGCCUCUCACCUUGAGCACAAUUCAGAAAAGUGGCCAGUGGAGUCCGGUUUAGAUUCAUAUUUGCAAAGGAUAUGAACUUUUUUCUCCCCCUUGAUGUUUUCAUACCCCUAUUCAUUUUCCAUUCUUAGUCCUCUCUAUACCCAAGAAGUUAUGGAAAUCAUGUGUACUUCUGGAAGUUUUCAAAAGAAUCUUGUCCCUCAUGGCAGCAUUUUGUCAUGAAAGCAGCUUUUCCUUUCUGGGCUGGGCUUGUUCAAGUUUGGUACACGCUUCCACUGAGAGACUCACUCUGGAGAUGUUGGCUUUCCUGGCUACUGUCUGCCCCAAAAGGUUGGAGGCACAACCAUCGAGCAAUUUGCCAUAAAGAAUUUGCCAAAUCCCUGAUUCUCUCUUACCGUUACUUCCAGCAAUGUGUACUCAAAGGUUAGGUGCAUUGGUUUUAUAAACAGACUAGAGAAUCUAGCAAUAAGAUUCAGAGCUAGUCUGGGACAUAAAGUCUCAGUUCAGUGGCAGAAUAGGGAUCACAAGCAUGAGUUAAAAAUAAGUUAUUUGCUUCAAGUUCCUAUGUACACCUUUCUCAGGCUGCUUCUCAAGGGCCCCACCCGUUAUCAAAGAGCACGUUACUAAAAACAGGAUCCUUUGACCUCUGGUGGUUGCAAAGGCAGUUGUUGGGGUGGCACCGGUGGGUCCCAAAAGAUAAAGGUUCCACACACAGGCAUGCUGCAUCUGGGAUCUGCAUGGGUGUUGCUUUGACCCUUUCUUUUGGGAGUGGGGCACACACUAACAUUUAAUCCAGUGUGUGGACGUAUGUCCACAAUAUGGGACUAAACUUGAAUGUCUCCCCUAACAGGGUGCUGAGCAUUUCCGUCUGUCUGUCAGUUCAUGCCACUGCUCGUGCCCUUAUUCCCAUAAAAGGAGGAGUAUUUGUAUCAGUUUUUAUCAAAUAGCUCACCUUGGGCAGAGAAAGGGGGAAGUCAGGGAUAUUAAUUUGGGGUUUUAAUUCCAUUAUCAUGCCAGCUGACAUUAUGACUAUAUAAUGUAGUUAGAGAGGAUUUUUAUCUUGCUUAUUAUAGUAAAGCUUUGGCCUGUUAACUGUAAAUCAUUCUAAUUUGGGAGGCUUAUUUCUGACAUUGGAAAGGGCAGAAAACAGUUUGCCCCAAUAAUGUAAUAGGAAUUAUAGCCCAGAGGCUAAAAUCCAAAAGCUAUAAAAAGGAAUUCAGUGGAGGGUGCUUUGGAAUCUCCAUUAUUUUGAGUUGCUGUUUUCAGGAUCACCAAAACUUACAUGUAAUUUUACAUGUUAAACAUGUUAAAAACAUAACCUACAUUUUAAAAAGUACAGCAGGCUUCUCUUCAGGAAGCUCUCCUGCCUGACAUGAAGUGAGAACACUGAAAAGUCAUAGCAGGCAUUCAGUUUAAGUUCGCGUAGAACCUAGUAGUGUUAAAGCUGUUUUUCAGGUUUCAAUAUGGACUGUGUGUUGUUUGCUUAUUGACACUGCCUGUUGUUUGGUCACUGUUAAAUUAAUGAGUCUAUAAAGUUUUUCUUCCCAAGGCUAUAGGGCAGUAGGUGACUUUACUAAAGUUACGAGAUAUAUUUUAAUCUUUGCUGUUUCUGCGCAUAUUCCCCUUCACACAUAUGGUGUGCUGCUUUAGUCGUAUAUGAUAUGAGUUUGUUUUGAACAGACCCAUCUUGGACACUCAGUGCUUUCAGCAAGGAAGCAAGAUUUCACCAGCCAAAAAGGUAUAGAAGAUAUUUGCUCUGAUCAGCAGAUGAAAAUAUUAUAACAUAAUGGGUUUAACUUACUCCUGUGUUUUAUACAACUGAGUCUUUGACCAGCAAUUGGUGCAUAAUUAUUACAGCAAGAGCAAGGAAUGAAACUAGCAAUUAUGUAAAUGAUGUGUUGGCCAAACUAGCCAUAAGGGUAUAGAAGAUAUUUGCUCUGAUCAGCAGAUGAAAAUAUAACAUAAUGGGUUUAAUCUACUACUGUGUUUUAUCCAACUGAGUCUUUGACCAGCAAUUGGUGCAUAAUUAUUACAGCAAGAGCAAGGAAUGAAACUAGCAAUUAUGUAAAUGAUGUGUUGGCCUCUUAACACCUGUUACUAGUGGACUUCCUCUGAGGAAGUUAGUUUUGUUUUAUUUUAAUGAAAUGCUUUUCUUUUUUAAAUCUUAAUUUUUCCCAUAUCCUCCCAAAGUGUGCUUACUUCAUUUUUUUUUUUAAUUUAAAUGAACCUUUCUCCUUGUAUGUAUGAGGUGAU